AUGAACCAGAUCGAGCCCGGCGUGCAGUACAACUACGUGUACGAUGAGGACGAGUACAUGAUCCAGGAGGAGGAGUGGGACCGCGACCUGCUGCUGGACCCCGCGUGGGAGAAGCAGCAGAGGAAGACCUUCACGGCCUGGUGCAACUCGCACCUGCGGAAAGCCGGCACCCAGAUCGAGAACAUCGAGGAGGACUUCAGGAACGGCCUGAAGCUCAUGCUGCUGCUGGAGGUCAUCUCAGGGGAAAGGCUGCCCAAACCCGACCGAGGAAAAAUGCGCUUCCACAAAAUCGCCAACGUCAACAAAGCCUUGGAUUACAUCGCCAGCAAAGGCGUGAAGCUGGUGUCCAUUGGGGCGGAAGAAAUCGUGGACGGCAACGUGAAGAUGACUCUGGGCAUGAUCUGGACCAUCAUCCUCCGCUUCGCCAUUCAGGACAUUUCAGUUGAAGAAACCUCUGCCAAGGAAGGCCUGCUGCUGUGGUGUCAGCGGAAAACCGCUCCUUACCGAAAUGUCAACAUCCAGAACUUCCACACCAGCUGGAAGGAUGGCCUGGGACUCUGCGCGCUCAUCCACCGGCACAGGCCCGACCUCAUCGACUACUCCAAGCUGAACAAGGAUGACCCAGUAGGAAACAUCAACCUGGCCAUGGAGAUCGCGGAGAAGCAUCUGGACAUCCCCAAAAUGCUGGAUGCGGAAGACAUUGUCAACACCCCCAAACCGGACGAAAGGGCCAUCAUGACGUACGUGUCCUGCUUCUACCAUGCUUUCGCGGGCGCGGAGCAGGCCGAGACAGCGGCUAACAGGAUAUGUAAGGUUCUUGCUGUGAAUCAAGAGAAUGAAAGGCUGAUGGAAGAAUAUGAGAGGCUAGCGAGUGAGCUCCUGGAGUGGAUCCGCCGCACCAUCCCCUGGCUGGAGAACCGGGCCCCCGAGAAGACCAUGCAGGCCAUGCAGAAGAAGCUGGAGGAUUUCCGGGACUACCGCCGGAAGCACAAGCCCCCGAAGGUGCAGGAGAAGUGCCAGCUGGAGAUCAACUUCAACACCCUGCAGACCAAGCUGCGCAUUAGCAACCGGCCGGCCUUCAUGCCCUCCGAGGGCAAGAUGGUGUCGGACAUCGCCGGGGCCUGGCAGCGGCUGGAGCAGGCGGAGAAGGGCUACGAGGAGUGGCUGCUGAACGAGAUCCGGAGGCUGGAGCGCGUGGAGCACCUGGCCGAGAAGUUCCGGCAGAAGGCGUCCACCCACGAGACCUGGGCCUACGGCAAAGAGCAGGUGUUGCUGCAGAAGGAUUACGAGUCGGCGACGCUGACGGAGGUGCGGGCCCUGCUGCGGAAGCACGAGGCCUUCGAGAGCGACCUGGCGGCCCACCAGGACCGCGUGGAGCAGAUCGCUGCCAUUGCGCAGGAACUCAACGAGCUGGACUACCACGACGCGGUGAACGUCAACGACCGGUGCCAGAAGAUCUGUGACCAGUGGGACCGGCUGGGGACGCUCACGCAGAAGCGGAGGGAGGCCCUGGAGAGAACCGAGAAGUUGCUGGAGACGAUUGACCAGCUGCACCUGGAGUUUGCCAAGAGAGCAGCCCCGUUCAACAACUGGAUGGAGGGCGCCAUGGAGGACCUGCAGGACAUGUUCAUCGUGCACAGCAUCGAGGAGAUCCAGAGUCUGAUCACGGCCCACGAGCAAUUCAAGGCCACGCUGCCCGAGGCGGACGGCGAGCGGCAGUCCAUCAUGGCCAUCCAGAACGAGGUGGAGAAGGUCAUCCAGAGCUACAACAUCCGGAUCAGCUCCAGCAACCCCUACAGCACCGUCACCAUGGACGAGCUGCGGAACAAGUGGGACAAGGUGAAGCAGCUGGUGCCCAUCCGAGACCAGUCCCUGCAGGAGGAGCUGGCCCGCCAGCACACCAACGAGCGCCUGCGCCGCCAGUUCGCCGCCCAGGCCAACGCCAUCGGGCCCUGGAUCCAGAACAAGAUGGAGGAGAUCGCCCGCAGCUCCAUCCAGAUCACGGGCGCGCUGGAGGACCAGAUGAACCAGCUGAAGCAGUACGAGCACAACAUCAUCAACUACAAGAACAACAUCGACAAGCUGGAGGGCGACCACCAGCUCAUCCAGGAGGCCCUGGUCUUCGACAACAAGCACACCAACUACACCAUGGAGCACAUCCGCGUGGGCUGGGAGCUGCUGCUGACCACCAUCGCCAGGACCAUCAACGAGGUGGAGACGCAGAUCCUGACGCGGGACGCCAAGGGCAUCACCCAGGAGCAGAUGAACGAGUUCAGAGCCUCCUUCAACCACUUCGACCGGAGGAAGAAUGGCCUGAUGGACCACGAGGACUUCCGAGCCUGCCUGAUCUCCAUGGGCUACGACCUGGGUGAAGCCGAGUUUGCCCGCAUCAUGACCCUGGUGGAUCCUAACGGACAGGGCACCGUCACCUUCCAGUCCUUCAUCGACUUCAUGACCAGAGAGACGGCCGACACCGACACGGCAGAGCAGGUCAUCGCCUCCUUCCGCAUCCUGGCGUCCGACAAGCCCUACAUCCUGGCGGAGGAGCUUCGGCGGGAGCUGCCCCCGGACCAGGCGCAGUACUGCCUGGGCCGCAUGCCCGCCUACAAGGGCCCGGGCGCGGUGCCCGGCGCCCUGGACUACGCGGCCUUCUCCUCUGCCCUCUACGGGGAGAGCGACCUGUGA